GAGCCUCGGAGACGGAGGGCAGCAGGAAGGCAGCAUGGCCGCGGUGUUCAGGGGGUCCCGCAGUCUUCUGGGAAGGUGGCAGAACUAUGUCGUCACAGUGCAGGCCUGCAGAACCUUGGCCUCCAAGACCCAGGUGGGCUUCGUUGGCCUGGGAAACAUGGGAAACCCAAUGGCCAAGAACCUGAUCAAACACGGCUACCCAGUGAUCGCCACGGACGUCUUUCCCGAGUCCUGCAGAGAGCUGCAGGAACUGGGUGCACAGAUCAUGGAAACUCCUGCCGAUGUGGCUGAUAAGGCGGACCGCAUCAUCACGAUGCUGCCGUCCAGUCCCAACGUUAUCGACGUCUACACGGGUCCUAAUGGCAUUCUAAAGAAGGUGAAGAAAGGUUCUCUGCUCAUUGACUCCAGCACCAUUGAUCCCGCAGUCUCCAAGGAGAUGGCUCUCGCCGCUGAGAAAACGGGCGCUGUGUUUAUGGAUGCUCCGGUAUCAGGAGGUGUUGGCGCUGCCAGUUCUGGUAAACUGACCUUCAUGGUGGGCGGAGCAGAGGAGGAGUUCACCGCAGCCAAAGAGCUGCUGAGCUGCAUGGGUGCCAACGUGGUGUACUGCGGUCAGGUCGGCACCGGACAGGCUGCCAAGAUUUGCAACAACAUGCUCUUGGCAAUAGGAAUGAUUGGCACUGCUGAGACCAUGAACCUGGGCAUCAGACUGGGACUCGAUCCCAAGCUACUGGCGAAGAUCCUUAACAUGAGCUCCGGCCGCUGCUGGUCCAGUGACACUUACAAUCCCGUUCCGGGUGUGAUGGAGGGCGUGCCGUCAGCCAACAACUAUCAAGGCGGGUUCGGAACCACGUUAAUGGCCAAGGAUCUGGGACUUGCGCAGAACACUGCGACGAACACGAAGACCCCGGUGCCACUGGGCUCGCUGGCGCAUCAGAUCUACCGUAUGAUGUGUGCACGAGGUUACGCCAGCAAGGACUUCUCGUCCGUCUUCCAGUUCCUGCGUGAAGAAGACAGCCAGUAGGGCGUGACCCCUCCCGUCUAGUAGUCUUACCUUCACCAAAACUUGGCGAGAUGUGUUGACUAGCGCCCUCUAGUCUACUAUACUGGUCAAAUUAGUGAAUGUACAAGAGUAAGGCUAGAGUAAGAUACCAUAUUUAUCUUUUAUUUUGUUUUUUUGUUUUGGAAAUGUUACUGUUUGGUCCUUCCCUGUACAAACCAUGUUCAGUCUGUAACUCUAGGCACUGUGAAAUUGAAGCAGGGUAUUUUUUUUAAUUCUGUAGCAUUGCGUUCUGUAGACUGACUUUUAGUUCUAGGUGUGAUCAUGUUGGAAAGGCGUGAACUGGCAGGAACUGGGAGGAAGUGACGCAUUUUUAGGCUCCACCAGGUUUAAACACUCCCUGCCCCAGCCUGCUGCACCUUACCACCCUUCCGUUUUUGUUUAUUAGAUCUUCUUUAAUUGUGGUUUGAUCCGACAGGGUUUAUAUUUGCCCUGGUGUCCGUGUUACCACCCUCAUUUCUCCAUCAUCUCAUAUUACAGCAGACGAACUCCUCAUCCAAUGAGAAGCAGAAGUGCUCUCCUCCACAUGUGGCGGUUGCGUUCGUGGCUAAUGGGAGCGCGCUAAUGAACUCCAAAUGAUGCUUUGCUCGUGUUUUUGGGGGUUUAUGAUUUGGGAGCAUGGUUGUCUACAUUCCCAUUGUCUAUACAACAUCCUGAUUCAGUGCAUUGUGGAGCCAUGCUGGACGAAUUAAAGCAUUAUGAGAAUGA